CCUAAAAUAGAAAAUAGAGGUCACAUUAAAGAAAGAAAAAAGAGUGAGAGAGAAAGGAGGGAAAAUACUCUAGCCUCCAUUUUCUUCUCCUCCCUUACAGCCGCCGACCAACUUCCCCCAGCGUUAAAGACCUCUUCGCCGGCGACCACAGACCGCGAGCGACAGCCGGCGAGCCUCCGANCUCCGACAGUGACGACGUGUGGGCACAGCGCAAGCAUUACCGUUCUUCGGUAACCUCAGACCACGCCGAACGUCAAGCCUUGAUGACCCAACUCUGCGCGACCUCACCCACGAACAGCAGCGAAGACCAUAGACGUGCUCUUGCACGUUUCCUUGCUCUACGAUCGACGGCGGUGGUUCGGGGUCGAAGAAAUCCACUGAUUUAACUUGCGACGCGAGCGCCACUCCGAACGCCUUUGCCCAGACCUUUGCUGUGUUUCUCUCCGUUUCGAUGAGUUUCGGCGUUGACCCACACUCCAUUUGGCCUCAAAUCAGUUUUCUCACAACCAAAAGCAAGUUUGGACGUUUUCAAACAACAACCAGCAAGAUUCGGAGCCUUUUCAGUAUGAUUUGAUGAAGUAUCAAGUGAUAGUUCUGAGAGAAGGGGAGUUUGGCUUUCUGGUGCAGGACAUCAAAUGAUGUUUAUCUUAGGAUUUGAUAGUUUGACUUAGAAAUUGUUUUUAAUAAGUUGCUUCUGCUGGUUUGUGUAAGUUGUAAAAGUUUAUAAUGGUUAUGUUCCCACAUUGUUAUUUUAAAAGUUGUAUUGGAAAAUACGGGCCAUUACAACUUUUUCAUCCUAAACUCAAACCAUUAAGAUUUUUCCCCAUUGCUGCAAAGUAUGGCACAGGUUUGACUCCUUGUGCCUUCAUGGAGUCGGGUACGGCAGAAAGCCAAGAUUGGAACCCCACUGUCGCCCCUUUCAAUGGCAUUCUCCAAGAUGAAGACCUUCUUCGCAAGACCCACAUUUCUUCUUCUUUUACUUCCACUAAUUCUACUGGGCUCUAUGUUCUGGACCUCAUCAACCGUGGCUCUUUAGAACCCGAACGAACACUUUACUGUAAAAUGCUAAACAAAUGCACCUACUUGCGCAAACUCAAGCAGGGCAGAGCCAUUCACGCCCACAUCCAGGGUUCCACGUUUGAGAAUGAUCUGGUACUUCUGAAUUGUAUCUUAAACAUGUAUGCGAAAUGUGGCAGUCUUGAGGAAGCACAGAACCUGUUUGAUAAAAUGCCUAUAAGAGACAUGGUUAGUUGGACUGUUCUGAUCAGUGGCUAUUCUCAAAGUGGGCGAGCGUCUGAAGCUCUUGCUUGGUUCCCCAAGAUGCUUCACCUGGGCUUCCAACCCAAUGAGUUCACCUUGUCUAGCCUGUUGAAGGCUUCUGGAGCUGGCCCUAGUGAUGACAAUGGCAGGCAACUUCAUGCAUUCUCCCUCAAAUAUGGCUAUGAUAUGAAUGUUCACGUGGGAAGUUCAUUACUCGAUAUGUAUGCUAGGUGGGGGCAUAUGCGAGAAGCCACAGUGAUUUUUAACAGCCUGGCUGCGAAAAAUGUGGUGUCUUGGAAUGCUCUGAUUGCUGGUUAUGCUCGGAAGGGUGAAGGAGAGCAUGUGAUGAGGUUGUUUUGGCAGAUGCUAAGACAGGAUUUUGAACCUACACAUUUUACAUACUCUAGUGUUUUUAUUGCUUGUGCGAGUUCUGGAUCUUUGGAGCAAGGCAAAUGGGUUCAUGCCCAUGUAAUAAAAUCUGGUGGACAGCCCAUUGCUUACAUUGGAAACACUCUCAUUGACAUGUAUGCUAAAUCAGGCAGCAUCAAGGAUGCAAAGAAGGUCUUCCAGAGGUUGGUUAAACAGGAUAUAGUUUCGUGGAACUCGAUUAUAUCUGGAUAUGCGCAUCACGGAUUGGGAGUUGAAGCUUUACAGCUAUUUGAGGAGAUGCUGAGGGCCAAAGUUCAACCUAAUGAAAUUACUUUUCUUUCUGUUCUCACCGCUUGUAGCCAUUCUGGGCUUCUGGAUGAUGGGCGAUAUUAUUUUGAACUGAUGAAAAAAUACGAGAUAGAGCCACAGGUUGCACAUCAUGUGACAGUUGUUGACCUUUUAGGUCGAGCGGGACGACUUCAUGAAGCCAACAAGUUCAUAGAGGAAAUGCCUAUUGAACCUACUGCAGCUGUCUGGGGAGCCUUGCUUGGUGCUUGCAGGAUGCAUAAGAAUAUGGAUUUGGGUGUUUAUGCUGCUGAACGGGUUUUCGAGCUUGACCCUCAUGACUCUGGUCCUCAUGUACUGUUGUCUAAUAUUUAUGCUUCUGCUGGUAGAUUGAAUGAUGCAGCAAAUGUAAGGAAGAUGAUGAAAGAGAGUGGGGUAAAGAAAGAACCCGCCUGUAGUUGGGUUGAAAUUGAGAAUGAAGUCCAUAUGUUUGUGGCAAAUGAUGAUUCCCAUCCAAUGAGAGAAGAAAUCCGUAGGAUGUGGGAGAAAAUAAGUGGGAAAAUUAAAGAGAUCGGUUAUGUGCCAGACACAAGCCAUGUGCUUUUCUUCAUGGACCAGCAGGAUAGAGAAGUAAAGCUACAAUACCAUAGUGAGAAGUUAGCAUUAGCAUUUUCAGUCUUGAAAACUCCUCCUGGAUUAACCAUUAGGAUUAAGAAGAACAUUAGAAUAUGUGGUGACUGCCAUUCUGCAUUCAAGUUUGCUUCAAAAGUCUUGGGAAGGGAAAUCAUUGUAAGAGACACCAAUAGAUUUCACCAUUUUCUUCAUGGCUUGUGUUCUUGCAGGGAUUAUUGGUAGCCUAUAAGUUCUUCAGUACUAAGAUCUGUCAGUUUAUAUCCUCAAGAAGUGUUCUAAUAAAGAUUUGAGACGUUCAGAUAUACCUUUCAAAGGCUUGAGUUCAAACUUACCAAGAAGAAGCCCAAGACUCAAAGGCUGGUAAAAGGAAGGUACUCUUAUCUAACUUCAAAUUUUGAACUCACAUUUUUGUCAUUUUAUAAUGGUAGAUGCUACAAGAAUACAAUAGAAGGAAUUUCAAAUAAACAAAAAUAUCAACAAUUGAUUGGUGAUGUUAAAUUAAGAACCAAGCACUUAUACUGUAUGGGGGAAAUUGUAUAGUAGCCUGGUUCAUUUUGUAGCUUCCAAUUGGAACCUUUUACGGUUAUAUUGAUUAUUGUUUCUUUGUAAAUACUUACUUAGCCAUAAAGUGAAUAUUUUUUUAGUC